CUAUGAGAUUACAUACAAACAGCAGGUGGGAACCGAGGAUGUAUUCCUAGCAUUGACGAGAAAGGACUCUUCAACAGCGUGUUGUCAGGAUAUAGUGGUUAAAAUCAAACUGCCAAAUACAAACCCUUCUGAAAUUAAAAUUGAUAUCCAGGAAAUGAUCCUUGACCUUCGAACUCCUACUAAGAAACUGUUGCUUAACUUUCCCCAACCUGUGAAAUGUGACAGUGCCAAAGCUAUGUAUAUCCUGGAAACUGAGACUCUUGAAGUCACCGCAACUCUGACAAGAGAGUUCGAUUUUAUUAAUUUCUUCUGAAACUGCAUGAGUAAGGAGGAAAAGUGGCAAAAUAGCCCUGACAAAAAAUUAAAAAUUGUGAAAAAAAUAAUUAAUGUUUUCUAUCUUUUUAAAAAUUAUUAUUCUGGCAUACUUCAGAGAGGACCUAAAUUCAAUUCCACUGAUGUUCUGAUCAUUUACAGUCAUUUCUGUUACUCUGGCAGGAAAUAUUAUUUUCUCAUACUAAUAAGCUACUCCAUUUUUAUAGUGAUAGCAGGAUACAAUUUACAGGCUAAUCCAUGAGAUUACUACAUGGUCAAUUAAAUAACUGAAAUAAGACCAUUAAAUUGUUGGUCCACUAUUUUUUUUCAUGCAGGAGUCAAACAGGCAACCUUGCUGUUAAGAGCACAUGCUCUAUCCACUGAGCCAUCCAGA